AGGGUGGCCGCCGUCCUGGAAGCGUCGCUCCGCGCUGGGACUGGCUCUUUCGCAGCCAUUUUCUGUCCAACCAAACAGCCGAUUCGAGCAGGGAGCCAACCAGGGCCGCACUGGAGAUGGACGGGGAUAAUUCCACAACAGAUACUUCUCAGUUAGGCAUUGCAGGAGACUACAUUACUGGAGGCCAUUAUGUAAUACAACCUCACGAUGGGGACACAGAAGACAGUUUAAAUGAUCCAGAUGACACAAAUGGAUCUAAAGAGAGCUUCAGAGAACAAGAUAUUUAUCUUCCAAUUGCCAAUGUGGCGAGGAUAAUGAAAAACGCAAUCCCACAGACAGGAAAAAUCGCAAAGGAUGCCAAGGAAUGUGUACAGGAAUGUGUGAGCGAAUUUAUAAGCUUUAUAACCUCCGAAGCUAGCGAGAGAUGUCAUCAGGAGAAGCGAAAGACAAUCAAUGGAGAAGACAUCUUAUUCGCUAUGUCCACUUUAGGAUUUGAUAGCUAUGUGGAGCCAUUAAAAUUAUAUCUACAGAAAUUCAGAGAGGCAAUGAAAGGUGAAAAAGGGAUCGGUGGUACAGUUACAGGAACAGAUGGCCUUGGAGAGGAGCUCACAGAGGAAUCAUUCACAAGCCAAUUACCAGCUGGCUUAAUAACUGCAGACGGGCAGCAGCAAAAUGUUAUGGUCUAUACAACAUCAUAUCAACAGAUAUCUGGUGUUCAACAAAUCCAGUUCUCCUGAUUUGGAAGAGAAUGUAAUAUCUGCAAACAUGAGUCAGGAAGAAAGCUAUACAUAUUUGAAUGCAAUAUUUUAUUGCAAUGCUGUUUUUUUUUUUUUUUUUUUUUUUAUUUAAUACAUGUUUUGUGUAUAUUAAGUUGCUGUAAUGUAGCUUCCUCAGGCAUGUCACAGGGGUUAAAUUCCCACAUUGAUAUAAUUUUAUUUUUUCCCUCCCAUGUGUUUUUAUUAAAUGGUUUUAAAGACCUUUGUUACGAUCAUUUUUGUACAAGAGUUCUUCUUCUGACUCCUGUAUGCAUUGUAAAUUAAUGGUUUAUUACUGUCUGGGGUUUGUAGACAGUUUAUUAUUUUCAUAUUGAAUCAUGUAACUUCUUUUGUAAAUCAAAUGGCUUAAUUUGUUGGUUUACCCUUUUUAAUAAAAAAAAAAUGUCCAAUA